ACCAGCAACGGCAAUCCCGAAACGACUUCGUUCAUACUCCCAGCCAUAUUACAACCGUCUAUAACAGAGUUUGAGAAAUAUUAUAUUGGAGCGCAUAACGGGAGAAAACUUACUUGGCUGUUUAAUAUGUCACAUGGAGAGCUGCGGUUCACCUAUCUGGAUAAGCCAUACUUGGUUUCGAUGAGUGUGCAUCAAAUGUCUGUCAUCUUAUGUUUCCAGGACAGAGAUACAGUUCCAGUAUCCGAUGUGGCUGUGGUGACUGGUUUGACUGGAGAUGCCUUAAUUCGGAAUGUGCGAUCAAUUCUUGAUGCCAAUAUACUGACAACAACCAGCAAGUUUUCAUCAUUUGUUCUUCAGGAGUUGAGCGAAUCUUCAGAAUUAACGCUAAACAAAACAUUGUCAUGCAAACGACUUAGAUUCCGCCUUACUACACCUCAGAUUGUGAAAAACCCGGAAAAAGAGGCAGAAGCCGUCAGUAAUACGGUAAGAUUAGUUACACAUGAUCGUAAGUAUUAUAUGGAAUGUGCUAUUGUGCGAAUCAUGAAAACAAGGAAGGUGCUUAAACAUAAUGCUCUAAUCAGUGAGGUAGGAUCC